GAAUGACGUAAUCGUGUUUUAAAGCGAGGCGGGAUCGGGUGAGUUCUAAUCUCUUAAAGCUAGCUGUGUGACUAGCAGCGCUAGCGGCUACUUUUAAUCCGCUUAUCAGCGUUUAAAUUCAUAAAGGGGUUUAGAUUUAGUGUGAAAUGGAUUCAGAAAACGAGCAGAAAAUAAAAUCUGAUCAACAUGCCGGUGAAACGCCACAAAGGAGCGGAAUGUUGAGAAGAAGGACGCUCCAGUCAGGACGCCAGAAAGUCAACUCUGGGUUUAAAUCUCCAGUUCAGGUUUCCAGCACGUUGGGUAACAGGACGUGUAUCAAGGAGGAGAUCAGAGAAUUACAGAACACACUACUGCAGCUGGAGUCUGAAAUCACACUGCUGGAAAGCGAAGGUGUGUGUGUGCAUGAGCUUGAGCUUCACAUUAACCUGUUGCAUGAAUAUAACGACAUGAAGGACAUCUCUCAGACGCUACUCGGCAGACUGGCCGGCCUGCGCAGUGUCACCACACGUGACCUCUACGCUCAGUUCGGCAUGGAGCUGGACGACUGAAGGCCGAGUUGCGCCGUGGGAUGACGGACCACUGCUGCGUCACGGCACCGACGGAUGAAAGAACAUUUGAUGUUCUUUUCUAAAAGCUGCUGGAGUGUAACGGAGUCUGCUUUAUAAUCACUGUUACCAAGUGCUGACACUGGAGACUCCUUCCAUCGGUGUUUGUGUACAAACGAACACUAGAAAACAUCACCAUUACACAAGUUUCCUUUAAUCCGUUUCUCACCUCCCCUUGAACAAGCCGUUGCUAUGGAAACGGUAUUAAAACAUGUGCAUCGGUGUAUAAACCUGCGCUGCUGAGAGAGUUACACUCACAGAGAAUUCAUCAACUCCUCAGUAAUCACACACAGAGUAGUUAUUGUUCAUCUCUUCACUGUGUGUGAGAGAGAGAGAGAGAGAGAGAGAGAUAAUGUGUGUGUGUGUGUG